UUAGUAACCCCUCCAUAUCCCUCUUUUCACUCAACAACAACAUAUUUAAUCUGGUCUGUCUACCAUCUACCUCUUUCAAUUAUCUUCUCUUGUUAUUCUUUUCUAAUCAAACUUCUUCUAGUCUACGCCAGAGCCCAGCAAAACAGAACAACAACAACCUUUCCAAUUUAAAUAAUAAUAGACUCAGUCGAAAAUGGUUGUCAAGGUUGGCAUCAACGGAUUUGGCCGUAUCGGCCGUAUCGUCUUCCGAAAUGCUGUCGAGCACGAGGACAUUGAGAUCGUUGCCGUGAACGAUCCCUUCAUCGAGACUCACUACGCUGAAUACAUGCUGAAGUACGACUCGACUCACGGCAUCUUCAAGGGAACCGUCUCCCACGAGAGCGACGGCCUCAUUGUCAACGGCAAGAAGGUCAAGUUCUACCAGGAGCGUGACCCCGCCAACAUCCCCUGGAAGGAGACUGGUGCUGAGUACAUCGUCGAGUCGACUGGUGUCUUCACCACCACUGAGAAGGCCAAGGCUCACUUGAAGGGUGGUGCCAAGAAGGUCGUCAUCUCUGCCCCUUCUGCCGAUGCCCCCAUGUACGUCAUUGGUGUCAAUGAGAAGACCUACGACGGCAAGGCCGAUGUCAUCUCCAACGCCUCUUGCACUACCAACUGCCUUGCUCCCCUUGCCAAGGUCAUCCACGACAAGUUCACCAUCAUUGAGGGUCUCAUGACCACCGUCCACUCCUACACUGCCACACAGAAGACCGUCGACGGUCCCUCCAACAAGGACUGGCGAGGUGGCCGUACCGCUGCUCAGAACAUCAUUCCCAGCAGCACCGGUGCCGCUAAGGCCGUCGGCAAGGUCAUCCCCGACCUUAACGGCAAGCUCACUGGAAUGUCCAUGCGUGUCCCUACCUCCAACGUCUCUGUUGUCGACUUGACCAUCCGUAUCGAGAAGGGUGCCACCUACGACGAGAUCAAGGCCGCUAUCAAGGAGGCUGCUGACGGUCCUCUCAAGGGCAUUCUCGCUUACACCGAGGACGAUGUCGUCUCUACCGACUUGAACGGUAACACCAACUCCUCCAUCUUCGAUGCCAAGGCCGGUAUCUCUCUGAACAAGAACUUCGUCAAGCUCGUCAGCUGGUAUGACAACGAGUGGGGCUACAGCCGACGUGUCCUUGAUCUCCUGUCCUACAUCGCCAAGGUUGACGCUGGCAAAUAAUUUCCUACAAUUUAAUGAAAAGAAAGCUCUGACGGCGUAAUCAAAACGUGCGGGUGGGUUUUCGUCCAAAUAAUGACUGCCAGGGAAUAUGGCUGGGCUCGGUUGAGCAGUACGACAUUAUUAUGAAUCAUCAUAGAUAAAUGAAAUAAACAAAAAAAAUCAUCUUGA